AUGGCGGACGAUGGCAUGAUUCUCAAUUUUGACAUGGGCAGCGGCCCUGUCAAGCCCCACGUCAAGAUCCAGGGCGGACGAUGGCGCGAGAGGAACAAGGCGCAGAGGAUCGCGAACAAGAGCGAGAAGGGACCUUCGUCCCCCUCUGAAGAUGCCCCGCUGCCGCAAAGAUACACGCCCGGAUCCAGGAAACCUCAGAGAGACGACCGCCCCGGAGACGAUGACGCCUCGUAUGAGCGCCCGGCCAAGCGGCCGAGAGCAGAGCACCCCCAGGCGAACGCCUACCGCACAGGCAAGCUGCCGCCUGGCAGCAUCUCCAGCGGCAGGCCAAGAGACGGCCCGGUCACCUCCAAACUCUUUUCUUACAACCCGACGCCCAAGACGAUAUUCGAUGAGCCCGGUGCCGAGAAGGUCGAGGAAAAGGUGGCCGAACCCUCAAACGCGCCGCUCUCGGAUGAAGCUGCCAGCUUCCACGCCCUCGGAAUCUCAAGACGACUGGCCCUGACGCUUUCCGGCAAGAUCCAGCUCAAGGCGCCGACGGCCAUCCAGGCCAAGGUCAUUCCUCAACUCAUCACCGAAGACAGCGACGCCUUCGUGCAGGCCCAGACGGGUUCCGGAAAGACCCUCGCUUACCUUCUCCCCAUCAUCCAGCGGAUUCUCUCGGUCGAGGGCCAGAUCAAGAGAGACUCGGGCCUGUUCGCCAUCGUUAUGGCGCCAACCCGCGAACUUUGCAGACAGAUCGAGCUUGUCCUCGCCAAGGUGCUUCCGCCGUACUUGGUCAGCACGACGGUCAUUGGUGGUGAAAGCAAGCAUUCCGAGAAGAGCCGACUGCGGAAAGGUGUCAACAUUCUCAUCGCGACACCCGGUCGCCUCAGCGAUCAUCUUCAGCACACCAAGACUCUCGAUGUCGGUACGGUGAGGUGGCUGGUGCUCGACGAAGGCGAUCGCCUGAUGGAGAUGGGUUUCGAGGCCGAGCUGCGGACCAUCGUCAGCAAGAUCCGCGAGGGCCCCCUGGCAAAGUCGACGGCCAAUGGUGUCUCGCUCGCCAAUCUCCCCCAGCGCCGCGUCACCGUUCUCUGCUCAGCAACCAUGAAGAUGAACGUCCAGAAGCUCGGUGAGAUCAGUCUGGAGGACGCUGUUCACAUAACGACGUCGGAGGAGGAACAAGUCGACGGAGAGGAGAUCAAGUUCGAAGCACCGGCGCAGCUGAAGCAAAACUACUUGAUCGUGCCCGCCAAGCUGCGACUGGUCACGCUCAUCGCGCUCCUGAAAUCAACUUUUUCGCGCAAGGGCUCCGUGAUGAAGGCCAUCAUCUUUUUGUCCUGUGCCGAUUCCGUCGACUACCACUUCGACCUCCUGCGUCAACCGCCGGGCAAGGAUGAGAAGCCGACCGACAACCCUUCACCGACCGCGAACACCGUGGCUCCGUCAGCAUACAUCACCUCAGCCGCCAACACCAACAUCGUCCUACACAGGUUGCACGGUUCCCUUCCCCAACCUGUGCGUACAGCGACACUGGCCUCAUACAGCAAAUUUACGGACCCGACGGUCCUCAUCACGACAGAUAUCGCGUCGCGUGGUCUCGAUGUGCCCUCCGUGGAGCUGGUCGUCGAGUACGACCCCGCCUUCAGCGCAGCAGAUCACGUCCACCGCAUCGGUCGUACGGCACGUGCUGGCCGGCCCGGUAAGGCCAUCCUGUUCCUCAUGCCUGGCUGUGAAGAAGGCUACAUCGACCUCCUCAAAGCCAAGAACGCCUCCCCUCCCAAACCUGAGCUCUACGACACCGUGCUUCACAAGGGCCUCACGACGGGCAUGGAGUUUCCCGUUGAGACGGACGCAAAGCCCCAGCCCGCGGCCGACAGGGGCUUCAGCACCCGAGCCGAGAACCUCCAGCUUCAUCUGGAACAACGCCUUCUCCUGCCAUCGUCCACCAAGCUCCUCGACGAGGCGCGCAAGGCCUUCCGCUCGCACAUCAGGGCGUACGCGACCCACAUCAAGGAGGAACGCAUCUACUUUGACAUCAACGAGCUGCACCUGGGUCACAUGGCCAAGGCGUAUGGACUGCGCGAGGCGCCGUCGGGCAUUGGACGCGGUGGUCACGACAGCAAGAAGACGGCCAUGAAGAAGAAGGCGGCCGGCAGGAGAGGCGACAGCAGGCCCUCGGGUAACGCCAUGGAGGACAUUGAUACCAACGGAGCUGAGCCGAGCGAAAUGGAGAGGAAGAUGAAGCAGAAGAUGAGGUCUGUGAUGAACGCAGCCAGCGAAUUCAACCUGGGUUGA